GGGUGUCGUAUUUUUGAGUGCACCCGCGCCUAUUUUCAAUCCAAGUACGUCUCCAUGGCUGUAGUCUAAACAUAGCAAACAAUUCUACAACUAGAACAAGUUUUCACUCGGUUUAUUUCCAGCUGUUAAAACUAAACAUGCCUGUCAAAAGAGCACUUCGUAUGGAAAACGCUGAGACACACACACCUGUCAAAAAGCCAGCAACCGAGAGAAACUUCAGUCCUAUUACGGGAACGGCGAGACUUCAACUUCAAGCAGGCAAUGUCAAAGCCGGUUCCUGUAAACCACAAGUGGCAAAGACCGAUGUAGAGAAUUUGAUGAGCUUAGGAUCCAAGAUGGAGGCCUCCGUACCAGCAUUCAUCAAGGCCAGACGAAAGCUGGAGGAAAUAGUGCCAGCAGAGGGCAGCAGUGAGCUGAAGACCUUCUUCUCUAAGGGAUCAGCCAACCUGAAGACUGAACUGACCAGAUUCAAACAGCUUGCAUCCAAAGCAGAUUCCUGUUUGAGGCUGAGCGGCGCUCAACAGAACUCCAGUCAAGCUGUCGAGGCUGGGAGCUCCUUUGAGUUCCUCAAAUCCAUAAUGGCGUGAGGUUUCACCCGGUACACGGCACGCCUGUUGACAGAUAACGGAAUAGCUUUUACCUCCUCCCGGAGACUGAGAUGGAUCUGGAAGCCGUGCUGUCAGCGGUGAGGCAGAGAUGUUCUGGAGCUGUCAGUCAUCUGGGAAUGUGUCAGAAAAACGAGAGGGAGGGAGAGGUAGAGAGAGAACGAGGGAGAGAGAGUUUCAGACACAUUCAAACUGAUCCCUGUCUUCCUGAGAAGUCUCUACCACACCACUGACAAAUGUUGAUUCUAUAAUAACAGCUAUGCUGCACCGCUGCGAAAAUAAUGUUCUUUUCAGAAGCUCCCCCCACACACACACACGUCCCAUUAGAAUUGAUACAAUAUAAACUCCCGUUCCUUCAGUUCAAAAACCCAAAGCCAGCUGAAACAGGUUGAUAGGAGACUCUCUCGCUGGUCUCUUUAUUUGGCAGUGCCUGAGAAGGCAGAGGCAUCUUACUGCCCGAGCGACCCAAGCAACAGCUGGUGUGCAGUCAAACAUUUCCUAUUUCUGCCCAAGGUGGAUCAUAUAACUCUCACUUUAUCACCUUUGUAGGCCGUGUGAAGGACAGAGCGAGCAUGCCCAUAAACAAAACUAAUGUUUUCAUACUGGCCCCUCUGGAGAUGGGAGAAGGGUCUGUCCUGUACCCCCCCCCCCUUCUCUCUCACACACACCCCUCUUCACCCCCCCUCCACAGC